GUAUUCAGAGAAUGCAGAAAUUUAUUCUUUCAGCGUUUGUUGUGGCUCUCGUUGCAGCCGACUGUGCCCUGAAAUGUCCAGAUGGCUACUUUUCAUUCAAAAGAGCUCCAUCAGCCAAGAACUCGAUGACUGGAUUGUGGUGUGUCAAGGCAAUUUUGUCUGACACUCUUAUCUCACCAAAUCAAGCCAAACAAGUUUGUGAAAAAGAUGGAUCAAUCCUGACAUCAUUUGAGAAUCUUGAUGAGCGUACCAAACUUGCCACUGUUCUUCGUGAUUUCCUUUCUGCCAAGAAAUUGGAUCGUGGAGGAAUGAUUGUUGAUGGACAUCGUUUGAAGAACUGCGAGACUGACGAUAGAACUGUUUUGAAUGCCGAACCAUGCAGAAACUCAUCCACUGGGUUUACUACUGAUGAGAAGCACACUGAUAAUACAUUCAUGUGGAAGAGCUGGGCUGAUACUGAACCAGGACAAUCCAUCUUUGAGAAACAAAUCGAAUCUUGCCUCCAACUCGCAAUUUCUCAAUUCAAAUCCCGCACUGAACUGAUCAAUGACGUCUUCUGUAACUAUGUAAAGCAUCCACAAAAUGAAGGUGCUUACGAUCUCUGGAACUAUGGAGCUGUCUGUGGACGUUUGCCAGAAUGGAACUAAAUUUUAAUUACACGGAUUCAUACCUUUUUGAAGUAAAUAUCUAAUUUC